AUGAGUUUACAUGAUACAGUCAAGUCUAUUCACGAUAUUGACUUACAAAAUGAGGAAGACUUGAAGACACGGCUUCAAUCUAUGUGUGGAUCAUUCAUCUCAAUUUACAAAGGCAGUAUUUAUUUCCGUCAUGAAACUGCUCGCGAGUUCCUUCUCGCUGACGCGUCAUUAACCUCACCAAUCCCAUCAGAGCGUCGCGAGCAUUCCACCAGUCUCAUGCAGGCACACAGUACACUGGCGGAGGCCUGCGUGCUGUAUUUGAACUUACUCAAUGCCGAUCCUCAGCCUCCAAAGGAGGCUAUUGGUGAAGCAGACAAACCCACCCCCAGGUACGCCUUCUUAAACUACUCGGCCAAAAAUUGGGGAUCUCACCUUCGCCAAGCCAAUAUUACCGACAACGCUGCAGUUAAAUCACGUGUUCUCAAAAUUUGCGAUUCCAAUUCAAGGAGCUAUGCGGUAUGGUUUGAAAUUUACAGGAAAACUAUGUCUGCGGAAAUCACUGGGAAUUUGACGAAUCUUAUGUUGGCUUCAUACUAUGGCCAUCUUCCUAUCGUCAAUCUUUUACUUGAAGGGAGCCCCAAAAUCAAGGAGGACGAUGACAAAGAGAGUCGGACACCGCUAUCGUGGGCCGCUCAGAGCGGGCAUGAGGCCGUUAUUCGUCUGCUUCUCGAGAAGGGUGCCAACGUUGAGGCCAUGGACAGCCAGGGCGGCCGGACACCGCUCUCUUGGGCUGCCGAGAAUGGGCACGAGGCCGUUGUUAGUUUACUUCUCGAUCAAGGUGCCAAUAUCGAAACCAAGGACAGCCAGCGCGGUCAGACGCCGCUCUCGUGGGCCGUCGAGAACGGGCAUGAGGCCGUUGUUAGUCUGCUUCUACAGAAAGGUGCUAAUAUCGAGGCCAAGGACGGCCGGUACGGUCGGACGUCGCUCUCGCAAGCCGCCGAGAGCGGGCGCGAGGGUCUUGUCAGGCUGUUGCUACAAAAGGGAGCCGACAUCUACACCAAAGACAAAAAUAGUCAGACGCCGCUAUAUUGGGCAGCCAAGAUGGGGCACGAGGCCGUGGUGCAAUUGCUUCUCGAGAAAGGCGCGACCAUCGAGGCAGAGCAUACCAUAAAUGGGCAAACGCCGUUAUUAUGGGCUGCUGAGAAUGGGCACGAAGUCCUAACAUGGCUGCUGCUAGACCAGGGCACCGAUAUCGAAACAAUAAACACGUCUGGUUGGACGCCGUUAUUAUUAUGCGCUAAGAACGGGCACGUGGCCGUGAUGAAGCUACUUCUCCAUAAAGGCGCAUACAUCGAGUCAAAGGAUACCCAAGACGGACGGACGCCGUUAUCAUGGGCUGCAGAAAACGGGCAUAAAGAAGUGGUAAGGCUGCUGCUAAAAAAAGGCGCCUAUGUUGAGGCAAAGGAUACCAAGAAUGAACGGACACCGCUAUCCUGGGCCGCUGAGAGAGGACAUGGGGCUGUCGUGAAGCUGCUGCUCCGAGGGGGUGCCAAUGUUGAGACACGGGAUAACAAACAUGGAUGGACGCCGCUCGCUUGGGCAGCCGAGAGAGGGCACAAGGAUAUUGUUGAUCUGCUUAUUGAUGGCGGGUCUGACUUUGAGGUGGAAGAUAAUACUGGCCAGACACCACUGUUACUGGCGGGCCGCAAUGGUUAUGAUGCCAUCGUUGGUCGACUUCUCAGCGACCUUGCUGGUUUCGAUGUGAGGGAUGAAAAUGGCAGGACGCUGUUAUCCCUGGCCGCCGAGAAGGGCUACGAAAAUAUUGUCAGGCUCUUGCUCAAGGACGGGGCCGCAGUCGACCCAACGGAUAGGGAAACCGACCGGACGCCGCUUUCGUGGGCCGCCGAAAAGGGGCACGAGGAGAUUUCCAGACUGCUUCUAGACUCUGGCGCCGACGUGGGCUUUAAGGACUGUCAUGGCCAGACUCCUCUAUCGUGGGCGGCCAAGACGGACAACAGGAAUAUCGUCGCGCUGCUUCAGGAGGCUAGUGAACUUGCCCAGAGAAGGAAGGAGGCACGAAGCAGUGGUCGGGCAUUCUUCUGGGAUUCCCAAGUCACCUCUUUCUCAAACCAUAAGGCAUAA